AUGGAACAGGAAACUAUUUAUGCACAGCCAUCAAGUGAUCAUCUUUUUAUACGAGUUUUAAAAAGGUGCAAAUCAUUUUUUCGUGUAAUAUUUGUUAUUAUCAAUAAUGUGUACUGUAUUCCUACAUAUGUUGUAUGGAUGAUGAUGUUAUAUCCUGUUAAAAAAUGUCAUCCAGAUUUGUACUAUCGUAUAGAAGGUUUAUUUUUUCAUUGGCUUCUUGCUAUGGUUGCUAUGUGGAGUUGGUCUGCUGGUUACGACAUUGUUGAAAUGGGAGACGACAUUGGAGUUUGUUUGGAAGAACGUACCUUAGUUCUUGCCAAUCAUCAAUCAACAGCUGAUGUUCCAUUGUUAAUGGCAACAUUUAAUGCUAAGAAAAAUGUUUUACCUCACCUUAUGUGGAUAAUGGAUCGUGUUUUUAAAUUUACCAAUUUUGGAAUUGUUUCUGUACUUCACGAAGACUUUUUUAUAGUUUCAGGUAAAAAUCGUAGGGAAGAAUCUCUUCAAAGUUUAGCAAAACAUUUACACAGUUCAUUUAUUCCGAGGCAAAGAAAAUGGAUUGUGCUUUUUCCAGAGGGCGGGUUCCUUCGGAAAAGAAGAAUUACUAGUCAAAGAUAUGCAGAAAAAAACAAUUUGCCGAUAUUAAAAAACGUUUCAUUACCAAGGGUGGGAGCUUUGCAAGUAAUUAUGGAAAAUUUGGGACAUGUAGAUAAUGUUAGUGACAGUGAUGAAUCUGAAUCUGAAAAUCAGAAAAUAAAAAGCAAUAACGGUGCCAGAAUAAGAUGGAUUUUGGAUAUAACAAUAGCAUAUCCUCAAGGCGUGCCUUUAGAUUUGCCAACGAUAAUAACAGGAUCUAGACCGCCAUGUCAAACACUUUUAUUUUACAGAUUGUACAAAAGCUCUCAGAUUCCUGAUGGGAAAGAGGAAAUGACCAAUUGGUUGUAUAAAAUUUUUCAAGAAAAAGAAGAAAUGUUGGAAAAAUUUUACGCCACUGGAGUUUUUCCCGUAAAAGAUUUUUGCCGGUUUCCCAGUCCUAAUCGUCUUAUAAUUCAAGACAAUUUGAGUGUUCAUUGA